CACAUAUUGCCUAAACAGGUGUUAAUAAAAAGGCGAAGAUUAUUCAUUUCUACUGCGACUCGUAAAUUUCCCUAUACUCAACAGUCAACACCUUUCGCACUUUACCAUUUUCUACGUGUUCAGGUGUUCUUGCUGUGCCCUUACUACCAAAGUUUCACAAAGUUUUAUCUCCUGGCUGUCUGCCACGUGGAGAUAGGAAAAAAUUCUCGUGUUAGAUAAAAACUUGAAUUUCAACGGUAAAAAUAUCAAUAUUCAACAAGUUGAAUUUCGUUUUGAAAAAAAGCUGAAAAUUUGAUGAAGUAAUGGAAGAAGAACUCCAAGAACUUGCUGUUGCUUUGUACGAUGUUGAAGCCGUUAAAUUUGGUGAAUUUACAUUGCAAAAUGGAUGGAAAACUCCAAUUUAUAUUGAUUUGAGGGUAAUAAUUUCAUAUCCAAAAUUAAUGAGUAAAUUAUCAAAAUCAUUAUGGAAACUUGCCAAGGAUACAAACUACGUUUCGCACAUAUGUGGAGUUCCCUACACGGCUUUACCAAUAGCUACAAUUAUUUCGGUUGAAUCAAAUAUUCCAAUGUUGAUGAAAAGAAAAGAAGCGAAGUCUUAUGGUACAAAGAAGUUAAUCGAGGGAAAAUUUGAACCAGGAGACAAAUGUGUCAUCAUCGAAGAUGUUAUAGUUAUUGGUGCAAGUGUUUUGGAAACUGUAACUGAUUUGAGGAAUUCAGGAUUAAAAGUAACAGAUGUAUUUGUGAUUGUAGAUAGAGAACAAGGAGGUAGGAAAAAUUUAGAAAAUAAUAAUAUUCAAGUUAAAAGUCUUUUCACCAUAACUCAAUUAAUGAAGUAUCUACUAAAAGCCGGCAAAGUUGCACAAAAGACUGUUGAUGAAGUGUCAGAUUACAUUAGCGAAAACAAACUUUAGUAACAAUAAGAAUCUUUAAAAAAAAUUAUAUUUGAGACGCAUAUACGCGAAGAUAGUAGUUAAUAUAAUUAUUAGUUAAAAAUUAAUACCUUAAAAUACAAAUUUUUUCCAUAAGAUCUUGUCUUAAUAUUAUCUCAAUACUUUCAUUUAGUAAUCGACUCAACCAAAUAAUACAAUUUAUACGGUUUAAUGAUCUAUCAAUCUUACUAUUUAUUGACGUAAGUUUGCUGUCAACUUUCUGCAAACUUGUUUAAAAAAUGUGUCAAGAUAUAAUGAUAAAUGACGAUUUACCUAAUUACAAAUUUUACAUAUUUAGUAAAAUGUGCUGUUACUAUUUAAUUAAGUAUUGUUGUUAAGCAGUAUUUGCCUUUAAAGUUUUUUACGAACUAUUUGUUAUCAAGACGAGAAUGGAAUGAAGAUAAAUACAUUUAUUAUAAAGCAUAAUUGUAGUUAAAAUUAGUUGAAAUCUGCUGCAGAGUAAAAUAUUUUUAUACCAUAAAUUGUAAACAUAAGCAAUGUCGAAUUUGUACUCGAAUUUUCAAAGAUACUUAAAUAAAUUUUGUAUAAAUUUU